UGACGCAACACCUGAAACCGGAACAAACAGUCGCGGAUGCAAAUGUUGUUGUUAGAAAGCAGACAGUGUUGAUGUCAGUUUGCGCCUCAGAUAUAAACAGAACCAGAUGAAUGUGUGAUGGUUAAUGCAGCUGAUAGAGAGAAACACAGACGGUUUCUUUAUUAUUUAAUUUAUUAUUGGCUCAGUUUUAAUAGUGUUUGUUCAGUAUGAAGAGUGUGUGUGUUCAGGGCUCAGUGUUAAUGUGCUGUGUGUGUGUGUGUGUGAUGGCAUACAAACCUGUCAUCAUUAUCCAUGGACUAUUCGACACUUCUGCUGAUUUCGUCAAGCUCAAGUGUUACAUCAAUCAGUCUCACCCCGGGACAAAUGUGUCUGUAAUUGACCUGUUUGACCGCACAGCCAGUCUGAAGCCAUUGUGGAAGCAGGUGGAGGGAUUUAAGGAGGCCAUUUUUCCCAUCAUACAGAACGCUGCAGAUGGAGUUCACCUCAUCUGUUACUCACAAGGAGGGUUGAUAUGUCGAGGGAUCCUGUCUACACUGAAUAACCACAAUGUUCAUUCCUUCAUCUCUCUCUCCUCUCCUCAGGCUGGACAGUAUGGAGACACGGACUAUCUGAAGUUCUUCUUCCCUAAAUUUCUCAAGUCCAAACUCUAUCAUCUGUGUUACACUACUGUGGGUCAGAAGAUCUCCAUCUGCAACUACUGGAACGACCCUCAUCACAGAGACAUGUACGUGAACUCCAGUGAUUAUCUGGCAUUACUGAACAACGAGAGGAUGCAUAAAGAAUCCACAGUGUGGAAACAGAACUUCCUGCGUAUUAAAAAGCUGGUGCUGAUCGGUGGACCUGACGAUGGUGUCAUCAUGCCGUGGCAGUCCAGUCAGUUUGGUUUCUAUGAUGACAACGAGACGGUGGUGGAGAUGAAAUCGCAGGAGAUGUUUCUGAGGGACGCAUUUGGCCUGAAGUCUCUGUAUGCCAGAGGAGAUCUGGAGCUGUGUUCAGUAGCUGGGGUGCAGCACAUCUACUGGCACUCCAACGAAACCGUAUACAAGAACUGCAUCGAAAAAUGGCUCACAUAAACACACACCCACACCCAUACACACACACACACACACACACACACACACACACACACACACAAAUAUAGAGACUAUUUUUACACACAGGAUUAACACUUUUCUAUCAGCUAAUACACUUCAAACAGAUGAUCAUCAGCUGCGUUUAUUCAGUGUUGCUCAGAGUCACAGCAGCACUUUCUCUUUUACCUGCUUGUGUGUGUGUGUGUGUGUGUGUGUGUGUGUGUGUGUGUGUGUGUGUGUGUGUGUGUGUGUGUGUGUGUGUGUGUGUGUGUGUGUGUGUGUGUGAAGUAUGUGUGUGUGAGAAUGUGCAUGACACACAGUUCAUCGCUCAGGCCUGCUCAGCUUUUUAAUGAAGCUUUUAAUCUCUGUCUCUCACACACACAUACAUACACACAGACACACAUACAUACACACAGACACACACACACAGACACACAUACAUACACACAGACACACACACACAGACACACAUACAUACACACAGACACACACACAGACACACAUACAUACACACAGACACACAUACAUACACACAGACACACACACACAGACACACAUACAUACACACACACAGACACACAUACAUACACACAGACACACACACAGACACACAUACAUACACACAGACACACAUACAUACACACAGACACACACACACAAAAUACAUUUUAUUCAGUUACACGCUUCACAAAGCACACCACAAUGCAAAUCAGUGCCUCAAGGACAUUUUGAUCACAAAAGAUUUACUGAGGAAAAGGGGUGGGGUUUUAACCACGUAUGUCCUGUUUCUAGGUGAAAAGGGGUGGGGCUUAAAGUACAUUUAAACCUGACUCUUUCAUCCCCUUAAGCCAAAACACAGGACACAAGUUUUUAGGCCUUUAUUUUAAACCUUCUUCUCUUUCUGUGUUUUGUUUUAGUUUAUUUAUCUUUAACAGAGCAGUAAGUAGGAAUUUUAUUAAAAUGCACAUUUUAGAUGUUUCAUAUUGCUACUUUAAUCUCCCACAACAAAAAAAGGGAUUGUGGUUAUUGUAGUCUGGCUGCAGUAAGAAUUGUUAUAAGAAUCCUUAUAUUUGUACCAGUUUUAUCCUUUAACUGUGGGUAUCGGUCUACAUGGAAUGACAUCAUAUAAAAGCCACCAAGUGUCCGUCCCACUGCUCCUAUGUAAUUUUAAAGCGGCAAUAAGUAAAAUUGUGCCAUGUUUGGAAAAACAUUCGCCCUUGCAUUGCUCGUGCAGGUCGGUUAUAUUCUCGUGAUUUGGAAUGUUGCAUAUUGUUCCUUUAAUACCCCAAAACAAGGAGGAAUUUUUUUUAUGCAAUACAAAUGAUCGUGUUAUGUAUUUGUACAUAUUUUAUCCUUUUAUCCUUAACUGUGUUUUAUUAGACUUUAUGUAGCUAUAGGAUGAACGACUAAAAAAAUGGGAAGAGAUGAUGAUAAAAUUGGACUUCCAGGAAGAUGGAUAUAUAUACACACAAAUGCUCAGGAUUACCAGCUAGUUUUAAUCUUUUGUCUUCUUAAUUUAGAUUUAAAGUGGCUAUAAGUAAAAUUGACAACUUAAUAACACGUAGCAGUUGUAGCAGGUGUAGGCUGUUAAUUAGAAUAAGACAUAAGAGUUAUUUCAUACGCUAUAAAAUGUUGCAUAUUGCUCCUUUAACAGUGCACAAAAGGGAGGGAUCGUGGGACUUUUAGCAUGUGUCGCUAGCCUGGUUACAUGUCCUAAUAACUGUUUCAGAUUGCAUCAGUAAAUGAUUUAGUGAUGAUUUAGAAGGCGGUAAAGUUAGUUUAUCUUUUUCAGGUGGUUAGCGGCAGGUAGAGCAACUGUUGGUCUUGAAAAGUAUUCUCACAUUAAUAGUGUUACCAUAGCAACUUUGAGGGACAGCAACUAGCUCCCAGUGCUAAAGAGAGGGGUCUUGUGGGAAAGUGACCACUGAAUGUCACCUCGUAAUGAAUGGAACGGUUACAUCCAUGAUAACAACACUGUCUGCGAUAAACAUCACCGUAUUUUAUUCGACAUGAUCAUCGGCACACGUCCCUCAGUCUUCUACAGGUUUAUUCCUUAGACUGCAUGAUGGCAAUAAAGGGAAGAUUUCAGAUGGAGUCGAUAUUUCUGGUCAUGAUAACUGAUUCAUAUUUAAUCACAGUUUACAAUAUUAUCAUGAUGAUUAAAUCUGUCGCACAAAACAUGAGGUAAUCAGUGAGGACCAUAAGGAGGUCUCUUACUUGGUGCCUCAAACUCUACCUACAGCACCUUGCAUAAGUAUUCACCCCUUUAGUUAGUUAGUUAUUUUUUUUAACAGCCUGGAACUUUAAUGGACUUCAUUUGGAUUAAUUAAUGCCAUGAAUGUUUAUAAAAAAUUUUUAAAAAAAUCUCUUCGCCCUAAGAUGGAUCAGACGCUAGUCUGGACACUUCACAAAGCCAACUUUAUAGAAGAUUUUCAUUUCUGGAAAAAAAAAAUGUCUAAAUAUAUGACAGAUGAAAUUCCACUUGCUCACUCGCGUUCUCUUGUCCUCCGAGACCGGAUUUGAACGUUGGAAACCCAGCUACCUCUACUGUAAAGCAUUUUUGGUUUUAGCAUCACGUUGUUGAGCUGUUGUUCAUCAGCAGGGACUGGGAAAGUGUUUUGGGGGCGGAGCUUCACCUUGUAAUACAGACAAGCUACUGUGCAGUGGUUCAACACUUAGAACCCAGUCAAAGCCCAGACCUCAGUCUGACUGGGAAUCUGUAGCCAGGCUUAAUUAACGAUGGACUCAUUCCAAUAUUACAGAGCUUGAGCAAUGUUGCUAUGGGUAAUGUAAUGGGGGGAAAACAUCAGGAUCCAGAUGUGCAAAGAAGCUAAGAUGUAGAUGCAGUGUGAUGACCUGGGGGGGUGAAUACUUAUGAGGCAUCUGAUUACGAGCAUGAACGGGGAAGACGAUACAUUAAAGCGUGUCUAUUUAAUCGUGAUGUAACUGAUGGUUUGUACAAAUCUCAGUCAUCACCACGUGUCACCGGCUCAGGUUCCGUUCUGUUUACUCUGUCGUUUCAUUAAGAAAAGCCAAACACAGCAAACUGCUAGCUAUAGGCUUCCCUUAAUGUGCUAGCUACAUUAGCUUCGUUAUUGUUCAUCAGCGUCCGAGCGUGUACCAGACGCACCAGGUCGUAAUGUGCCGUAAUUUUUGGGGAAUAAAGCCUUGUUUUCUGAAUAAAGGAGCAGGAUUUGCACACGAUGUCUUCACGUCUCUAAAAAGAUGUCUAUUGUAGAAAUCAUAGCAGUAUUUCAUGCAUUUUUGUUUGUCUACAUUGAACUCGUAUGGAACUCAUGUAUUUGUUAUUUUUAGUGCAGAUGAAGGGAUUUGUUUUGUCUGAUCUCAUGACUAAAUGCACUAAACUCUGUUCAUUUCUUAAAUUCUUAAACCGUGAAAUAAUAAAAACAUUUUUCAAAGCUAAUUAUACAAUGUUCUAUACUGUUUUUAUAGAAAGUUUCGAGAUUUUUUUGAACAGGAAAUCUUUUAAACAGUAAACAUGUGGCCCGAAUGUUGUCACUAUACAAAUCUAUUCUAAUAAAGUUUGAAUUUUAAAACCA